AUGAAAAUAGUUGAUCUGACGGGUCAAAUUACAGACCUGACGGAACGAAUGGACUGCCUAUCGUUGAAGAGAUCCAAGCUAGAGCACAGCCUACAGGAAAGCCGACGCUCGGAGAAAGUUUUGGCCGAAAAGAGAGCAGAGCUGACAGCCAGUGUAGAGGAGAGUCAGAUAAUUGCCGCACAAUUGCAACAAACUAUCGAUGUGUUGGCUGCUGAGAAAACGCAGCUUGUGCAGCAAGCUGGCCGCCUCGAGGAUGUUGAAAAGUCGAAUCGUCUUUUGGUGGCACAGCUUGACAUCGAGCAGAAGAACUAUGACCAGAAAUUGACAGACUUGUCUCGCGAACUGGCGCAAGAGCUAGCACAACAGGCUGGCGAUGUCCAGCAGCUGGAGCUGGAGAUCAUCAAACGGCGCGAAGAAUACGAAUCCAUUUCAAAAGAGAAAAACGCUUACAAAACCUUGGUCAAAGAGAAUGACCAGAAAUUGAAAGACUUGUCUCGAGUACAGGCACAAGAGCGAGCACAACAGGCUGGCAUUGUCCAGCAGCUGGAGCUGGAGAUCAUCAAACGGCGCGAAGAAUGCGAGUCCAUAUCAAAAGAGAGCAGCGAUCACAAAGCCAUGGUCAAGGAGUAUGAACGCCAGCUCUUGGAGUAUGUUCAAAGCUCUGACAAUUCUAUGGCAGAAAUGCUUUCGAAAAUUGAUUCGCUGGAGAAGAAAUACAGCGAAUCACAGAAGAACUAUGGAGAACUACUCGCUGAGCGAAACAACCGAGAUGUGCAGUAUGAAAAUGAGCGCAUUAAUAUCGAAAAACUGAUGGAAAAUUGUCGGCGAAAGCUGGACAAUCAAAACGAGUUAUAUGCGUUGCUGCUGAAAGAGAGUGACACCCUGAAACAAGAGCGUGACAGCCUGACACAAGAGCGUGACAGCCUGACGCAAGAGCGUGACAGCCUGGUGAAAGAGCGUGAGAUCCUGACGGAAGAGCGUGACAGCAUGACGCAAGAGCGUGACAGCCUCGUGAAAGAGCGUGAGAUCCUGACGGAAGAGCGUGACAGCCUGAUGAAAGAGAGCCACAUCCUGACACAAGAGCGUGACGCCGUGACACAAGAGCGUGACAGCCUGACACAAGAGCGUGACACACUGACGCAAGAGCGUGACACACUGACGCAAGAGCGUGACAGCCUGACAGAAGAGCGUGACAGCCUACUGAAAGAGCGUGACACCCUGACGCAAGAGCGUGAGAUGCUGACGAAAGAGCGUGACAGCCUGAUGAAAGAGCGUGACACCCUGACGAAUGAGAGCCACAUCCUGACACAAGAGCGUGAGACCAUGUUGCACGAACGUGAUACCCUGAUGGCGGUCGCAAAGCAGGAAAAAAUGGAAUUAAUUUGCGUUCAACGGAAGCUUAUUGAGUGGCAAAAGAAAUCCCAAACGGAUUUACAAAAAAUUCAGAUCAUACAGGAGCAAAAGGAAAUCCACGAUCCACUGCACGCUGAAAGCAACACCGUAGAGGCGCGGCAUGAGAAGGAGCGCAGUGAGCCCGAACUGAUGUUGGCCAAUGGUCACCAAAAGUCCGACGAACAAAACGAGUCUCAUGUGAUGCUGCGGCAAGAGCGUGACACUCCGAUGGAGACGACGGAUCAGCACACAAUGAAAUUGUCGCCCCUCCAGAUGUUGCAAGAUCCGGUGUUGCGUUUGCGCAACAAUUUCGCUGAGAAGAUGCCGAUGCCGUCAAACGAAAAAAAGGAGAAUCUACAGAGAUGUGUCGAGCAGCAGCAGCAGCAAGAAAAUAUGCAAAUGAACCUCAAGCAUAAGGAUGCGCAAAUCGAAGCCCUGCGCAAGAAUAGGGAAAUGAUACGCCAAUCCGAACGUAGCGCCAGAGCCGAGCUCGCUCUUUUGGCCAACAAUACCGAUGAGGCAGAGGCACUGCUCAAACAGGAGAUUGGUUCUCUCAACAUGAAAGUGGACCAACUGGAAAAGAAAGAAGAACUCCUGCAGGUUGAGCUUCAGGCAAUUAUGCAAGAAAAAAAGAAACUGCAAGCAAACCUGCUGGAGCAGGAUGACGAACGCAAGCAGCAGCUCCAGCUGUAUGAGCAACAACUGGAGGAGUCUAACAAGAGAUAUGCCCUCCUACAAGUGCACAUGACGGACCAACAGAAGGCAUCAGAAGAGCGCCAGAUACAGUUGAGCCAACAGGUGGCCGAUGCGAUGGAACGCUUCAAUGCCACCUACACGGCAGACGCCGGGGAGGAGGGACUGCCCAAUCGCAGAACCCUUCAGCGUGAUUGCCAGGUGCUGCAGGCCAAAUAUCAGGAGGCCAAAAAGAAGAUUGACGAACUGCAAGUGAGCCUCAAGGAGCAGCGAAUCGAGAUGGUGGGAAAGCUGGAAAAGAUGAAAAUUAAAAUGCGCACUUUAUAUACCACGGAGGUGACACGCAUGAAGGAGAAGCAGGAGCGGGAGGCGUUGCAGUCCAAAGCGGAACUGGAGGCCAUUACGUGCCAGAACACCAAAUACGAGGAGCAUACACGCAAGCUCUCGAAUCAAAUUGUUCGCUUGAACGAAAGGAUUCUCGAGCAGCAGAAGCAGCAUGCGAUAACCACCACACAGCUGCGCCACAUGCAGGCCACCGCAGAAGCCACCAGAUCAUCAUCUUCACUUUCCACACUGACUGUCUCUGGGAGCGCCACAGCCACGGCCACCGAGGACUGGCAGCCAUUCAAGCGUCCCACAGCACCCUCCUCGAACCUGGCGAUGGAAGAUGAAGAGGGGGAGGUAUUCAACAACACCUAUUUGACGGACCUAAAGCUGGGCCGUGUGCGUGAUAUAACCAGUGAGGAGCUAAACUAUCGAAACUCGCUGCAGCCGCCGCAUCUGAGGAGCACCUAUGCGGCCCAAUACGAUGUGGGAAGCCAAGAUGAAGAUCUUAAAGACGGACCACAUAGUCUGGACGACAGCAUGAGCGCCCUGCUUAGCUCUUCGGCGAGCACUGGAGCCCGCAAGAAGACAAUGGGCACACACUAUAAGCGUCCUGGUCCGCCCACACCCAGCAAGAACGGUGGCCGCUUGUCCUUUGGCAGCUCAGAGCCACCACGCGAGAUACUGCGCGAGACAUGCGAGAACAACGGCAACUCCAAGACACCCACACGCUUCAAGAUGUUCACCUCGCGCUUCAGCAUCGGCAGCAGCACCAGCGGCAGCAGUGGCCUGCCCCGUGAUGAGCGGCCGCUAUCUCGUAAGCGGCCGAAUUUAUUGACUGGCAUGCAGCGCCGCAGACUGCAGCUACGUCAGUCCUCAGGCCUCUUCUGCACCUCAACGCCACGCAAGAGCCGCUCCUACUACGAUCAGCGACGUCUGAUAUGUGCCAGUGAUGCGAUCUCAGAUCAGGAUGAGGACGAGGAUGAGGAGGUAGAAGAAGUAGUUCACGAGCAGGAGCAGGAGCAGCAGCAGGAGAUUGUGACCGAAGGGCUAGAGGAGGAGGAGAAUGCCACACCGCAUUUGUCCAAUACUGGACUGUUGGCCAUCACCCAUGGGCUGACCCGCAGGCUGAGCAGCGAUCCCCGUCAUAGUACCCCCAGUUCAGGUUCCACUCCCCAUGUGGUGGGCAGGCGUAAAUAUCGCAAUGGACGCGUUUCGCUUUGUCUGCACGGCAACAUCUUUGCCAAGAGCCGGCCGGUGGCCAAGAUCUCGGCCACGGCCCAUGCUGGAAAUCUUAAAAAUCAGCGCAAGAAGCUGAAACAGCAGCGCCUGAAUCGGUUCGAUCAGGGAAGGCCUCUCCACGCAUCCCCAGUGGCCGUGGCGGGCAGUCUCAUCAGGCAAGAUCAGGCACCGACGAAUGUCACCUAUCAGCUCCUCCAGCCGCUGGGCUGCUGCGACAACAAUAACUACAGUCUGCACAAUCGCAACGAAGAGCAGCAGCAGCAGCAGCUGCUCCUGAAGAUGGGCCAAACGGUGGUACUAAAGCCAGAGGAGCAGAUCCUCGAAGAUGGAUUGCUGCCAGUGGCAGCUGCCACAUUCAAUGUCAGUGAGAGUGAUACACCGAGUGUGUGGCAGUAUCAGCAGAAGUUCGAGCGGGAGAAUAUUCAGGCGUGGUUGAGUGACAAUACCAGGGAGAACGAGAACGAGAAAGAGAUCGCGAUCGAAGACGAGGAUGAGGAUGAGGCUGAGGAUAUACAUGGCGGACAUUUUGAGCGGCUGUGCAGGGAAACAGAGUCGACGGCGCCAUUUGAGCUGCAGCCGCUGCACUACAAAAAGCAGGAGGAGCAGCCGAAGCGAAAGGUGAGGACGGUGCGGCCGCUCAACAUUACGGGCACCACCAGCGCGUGCACGACCAAUGCCAGCUGUGCCACCAAUCUGACCAGUGCCUCGUCGCGAAAGUCAUGUACAAUCUACUCGCUGGGGUACAUACACUCGGAGCCGCUGCCGACGGUGACCAUCACGCAUGUGGAGCAGCGGGUGGUGCAACAGAUCCCAAAGACAAAGAAGCUGACGCUGCGUGAUCUGUGGCACGUCUUGUGUCGCCUCAAUUUGUCCGGCCAUCUGAUACUCAGCCUGGUGCUGGCUCUAAUCGUCAUGCUGUGCCUGUGCUCUCAGGUGUCGGACAGAAUGGGACUGGGUGUCACUGGAAUUGCCACUGCCAUUGGAAUAGUGUUGCUUGUGUUGCUUGUGGUCCUUUCGCUGAGCUGUGGCAAGUAGCUGAUCAUGCCAGAGGGUGGAAAAUUGCAUACCAGAAAGACAAACACACACAGCAAGAAAAUCUCAUUGAAUAAAAUUAUCUGCCAAAUAACCAAAAUACAUUCCAUUACUCAUAGCACACGAUAUAUUUUUUAUUCACAGAAUUCGCCGCCAAAGCGCCGCCUAAGCAACAUGUUCAAGAGGAAAUAAAUGUAAAUAAAUGUCGUCUAUGUACAGAGAGAAAUAAACAUACAAAAGCCAAGCAGCAUUAACUUAUAUAGAAUAUAAGCAAUGAGCAUUAAGCACUAAGAAUUCCAUUAUUAUUAUACUUUUUUUUUUUGUACGCUAAAAGUCACGCUAAAGCCUGAAGAAAAACAAAAACAAAAAACAAAUCCACUGAAAAGGAAUACAAUUUAUUUUUCUUUUUUUUUUUGUCGUUCUCUUUGUUUAAUGAAUAUGAAAAGGAUGCAACAUUUUUUGUUGUUUAAAUAAAAACCAAACCAAACCAAAUGAAAAACAAAACAAAACAAUGCAUUGGCGGUGCCGAAUGGGAGACAAACUUUCAAGAAAUGACAAAACAAAUUAAUGUGUUGACAUAUAUAUGAAGUAUGCAUCAAAUCUGUAGUAUAUGGUCGGUCGUUGGUUGCUCAAUAAAAAUAAGAUGUUAAGCCGCUUUAUCUGAGUGUCAUGUAAACCGAGAUGAACCCCCGCUUGACAGAUAAAACUUAUCUUAUAGCCAUUGGGUAAUAAUUAUUGGCCCCCUACCAGCCACACAACCAGACGACGGUAAUGCUCUGUUCAUUGGGCAAGAAAAAUGUGGAUCUGAAUGUGCAAAUUGUAUUUUAAUUACAUCUCUCAUCAUAUUCCCCAACGAGAAUUGCCAUUUAAGAGCCUCCCAUUUUAGCUAGCGGAACAGACUUCCAGAUCAUAUCGCAGCAGAUUGGAGGAGAGUAGUGACUUAUUUUGUUGAUGUGGAAAACCUCAAAUCAAUGUGAGACAAAAAAAACAAAAAAAAAAAACAAGUUUUAUAUUAUUAAAAAGAAAGUUAUAUCACAAAGACCGCAGGAACUUUAAAUGCUUGAAAAAAAAAAACUGAUGUACAAAAUUUGGCUGAAUGAAAGUGAAGAAGGAUUUAUUCCUUCAUGCGAAUUAAUGAAAGUAAAAUAAAUGUGGACUGGAUCUUGCAGCAUUUUGGACCAUUUAACUGGUGCCAUUGCACACGAUGGCUGGUGAGUUAUCAAUGGGAUGGGAUGCUGCUGUCGCCGGCGCCGCCGUCGCACAGUCAAGUGAUCAAAAGAAACGGCAAACCAGAAAAGAAAAGAAACAAAAAAGAAGUUCAAGAAAACAGGUCUGAUACGGACAAGGUGAACAGGAGGCUCGCUCCAUCGUCCGACCGAACGACUCACUGGCCAACUGGCCUCACAAAUCGGAGAGUGUUACGUGUGUGAUGCAAUGGCAAGGCUAGAGCGACAAAACAUAUUUUUUCUUUUUUGUUUUUAUCGCGUAAUGAAAUGGCUGGUAAAUAAUGUAUGUAAAUGCCUGCCUGUUCGGUGGGGGGUGGUGUAGUGGUAAGUAAAUGUGCUCUGAACAACAGAUAUGAGUAAGCAGAAAUCAGUGCCAGGGGAAACUACACCAAUAAAAAAAACAGCAAGAACAACAAACUAUGUAAAUAACAACAAUAACAAACAGUGUCAAGCAUCAAAAACAAAAACAAACCCCGAUAAUAUACAUAUAUCAAUAUACCAAUAAGUAAGAAAAUAUUUUAGCCAUAAGAUGCACAAAGGGAAUUCCUUCAACAAUGAUAAAAACUCCACAAAAAUUACACCAGCGCAGUAAAAGGAUACUUCAAAUGAUCAGCAGCAAACAUAACCGUCGAAAAUCAUUAAAAAAUACCAAAAAAAAUAUCAGAAUUUAUAAUUUUUUUUGUAUGCAUAAGCCUUUUGUUGAAUUCUUGUGAAUUUUUUUUACAAACCCAUAAUUAUGAAUCCACUUUAAACUCACAAAACAAAAGCUUCAACAAUAAGGAUAAUCAUAAAAAAAAACUCAACAAUAAGGAUAAU